AUGAAUCUGGAAACAGUUUUGAAGGAAACAGAAGUGAACGGGACAACAUACAUGACUGACAAAGAGAUUGCAGCUGGCAUAUGUAAACCCACUGGUGUUGUUGGUGCUCUCGAAAUUUAUGCCAAUGACUCAGAGACUUCUUUGAACGAUUCAGACAAACUGUAUGAGCACAAGCUGUUUGGCCUGAGUGUGACUGGCACUAAUACGUCAGGAUUUAAAGAACGAGUCAACAUCACCGUGAACAUUACUGCAGGCGUGAACGUAUCUGUGGGAAACCUCCCAUCAGGCGACCAGAAGGUUCUGUCUUAUAUCACCGUUGUUGGCUGCAGUAUUUCUCUCUUUGCUCUGGUCAUCACUGCUCUGAUCUUCAUCACCAACAGGAAACUCAGAGAAGACGAUUCUAAGAAGAUCCACAUCAGCCUCACAGUGGCUCUGAUCCUCCUCAACCUUCACUUCCUCCCCAGUGAGGCCGUGGCAGCAUCGUCCAUUGAUGGGUUAUGUCUUUACAUGGCUCUUGGUCUUCACUACUCCCUGUUGGCCACUUUCAGCUGGAUGGCCUUGGAGGGUUUGCAUCUCUACCUUCUGUUGGUCAAAGUCUUCAACAUCUACGUCAGGAGAUACCUGCUCAAACUCAGCUUGGUGGGAUGGGGUCUUCCUGCAGUCAUUGUGUCAUUGGUGGUGAUCAUAAACAAAGACUAUUAUGGCCAUGUUCCUGUGAACUUGUCUAACUCUAAUGGCUCUGAAAUAUGCUAUCUUACUGAUGACAAAGUGAAGAUGGUAACCACAGUGGGA